CAAGAUCGUGAAUCGUCUUUUGUCAAACAAUCAGUUAAAUCUGCGUACCGUACCAGGUACGAGCAAGGUCAAUGCAUUCGAUAAGUCAUCGCGUGUGUCCUAAUUAUUUGUGCCUAAAGUUGUUCGGAUCGUCUCAUAUCGCGAUACCGAUAUAGCCGUGUGCAAAAUUGUAAUAAAGUUGUGCAGUUUUUAUCGAAACGCAGUAUGGUUUUUAGAAAUUGAAUGUGCGUGAGUUAUUUCAGUGUUGUGACCGUAGCAUCGGAUGGAACAGGUCUAAUUGGACGGAUUCUCCACCUUCGAAUUCCCAGAAGCUCCGCGCAGUAAAUAACUCGCCGGGAUUCAGAAAUGGCUUGCCGGAAUACCAGGUUCUAUUUCACCGGGAAAACGGCCUGAUUCUCGAGGUCGGAUAAGGUAAGAAGGGGGGGAGAAAGGAGGAGGGAAAAUAGGGAAAAGGAGGGAGGGAAUUCAGACGUCUUAAGGAAUUUCGGGAAAGACGGAUGAGAGCUGGAAAAUCAUUCGGAACACUGCAUCGGAUAUUCGUGAUCGAAGAGCUGAACGAUAAAUUAAAUUUGAAAAGCAUCGCGUGACGCGGUGACAACUUGUCUGAAGUUAUUUUCUGAAAAUUAUUCGAUUUUUCAAUAUGCGUCAAUGUUCGGGAAUAAACGCUUCUAGAGAGAAAAAUUCAUUUACACGCUACUCGGUCUGAAGUAAACAAGAAGAAGAAGAAGAAGAAGAAGAAGUGUGUUUGACUUUUUAGUUUUUUUAACGCGAAAGUGAACAUCGAACUAUGCAUUACGAUAUAAAAAUGAAUACGGUGUUUCAACGACGAUGAACGUGGAAACAAGGGUUGAAAGAUAAGAGAGAAAUUGUUGAAAUAAAUCGAGUGAAAAGUUUGAUUUCUUUCUUAAACACUGUGACAAGUGCGGUAGAGUGAUAUUGAGCAGGAAAAAAAUUUUGUUUCGUUUGUUCUCAAUCCGAUCGAGUGACAAAUUUACGCAAUCUACUUGAAUCAAGAUUUUGCCGUAUUUUGGAUCAGCCAUGAUGGCCGGAUCGGGAGUCAACCUUGGGGGCACCGCGAUGCUGCGGACCCGCCGAAGAGACAUCAGCAUAAAACCGAAUCGACGUCUCGACCGGAAGUCGUCACGCGGAAUGAUAUACGAGAACGAGGAACUGCGCCUCAGGACGAUCAACAUAAACGCCGAGGUUGAACAAGGUCAAAACGACAUAAAGAAACUCAGGAGGGAGAACGAGCAGCUAAGGAGGGAAAUCUGGAGUCUACGAGAUGAAUACGACAAGCUUGAGGAACUCGUCAAGUCGCAGAGCGCCCAUGGAAGCAGCGAUGAACUCGAAGGUCGCUCCGGGGAAGAUGACAACCCGGAUGAUUCGUACGCGGAGUAUUCUGGGGAUGAGAACGUAGCUGACGAGGAGGAAGAGGAGGAGGAAGUGGAGGAGGAGGACGAAGAGGAGGUGACGACGAAUAACGGUAAGAGCCACGAGGAGCGCCUAGACAACGCCGAGAACCAGAAGAUAUCAGCAUCGGAGAAGAUGAACUCCGGUUCGUUGCACCGUCUCCACGUCGAGUUCGACGAUUUAUCGAUAGUCGACGAGGAGGAGGAGCUCAAGAAGGACAAAGACAAGAAGGAACCGACGGUCGCAUCGACUGACGAGGGUCAAGCCACGCGGGAAUCCGAGGUCCAGAAGACACCGAGUGACCAGUCGCAAGACGGAGCCUUUCGUUACUUCCCGUCGACCUUCGACCUGCAGCUCGGAACGCUGACCGCGGCCGAACGGCAGUACUUUAACGACUGUCCUUUCGUUUUUCCAAAUACAAGCGACCCAAACUACCCGAAAAUGGUAAUGUCACCGCGACCCACGAUGUACAACGGGCACCUAACCCCGUUACCGAACCUUGACACCCCUGGUAUCGGACACGUCGACUCGAUAUUUGGCCCGACAGUCCAAACUCAGGAAUCCUCGGUGAUUCCGAGUCUUCCCCAGCGGCGGAACAUCCGGUUCAAGCAGCCCGUGCGCCUUUUUAAGGACCCCUUUUGCAAGAACCCGAGCUCAGGGACCAGUCCGAACUCCUGCGAGUCGGUCGGUCAGAAUGGAUGGGACUUCGGAGUGAGGCUCAGGGACCAGGUCACUGAGUCUUCUGCGCCGCCGAGUUCCGCCGAUAAGCCGAAGCACUUCUUCGCCCCCCUGCCGUCCAAGAUGAGGACUCAGCGAAGCCCCGAACCUACCACGACCACCGGCACCAGCUCCAGCAGUGAUAAGACGAGCUCGACCGUGGUAUCGCGGAACCAUGUGAUCGGCAAAGGUACCGCUGACGUCUACGUCAGCGGAGGAUAUCCGCUGGGUGGCGACAGAGAAGGGCAGCCGGGUGCCUUCGUGACCUCGGAGGACCUGCUUAUCGAGGGGGCCGGUAAUACCGCGUGCAAACAGGGCUCCGGCAAUCCGUUGGUGAAGUCACUGUCCUGCCAGGACUUGUCGAGCGAUCCCCAGAGUCUGCCGUUCGCUGAGAAACUGAAGAUGUUCAACGCGGAGAACCUUGUUGCGAAGAGCGACAACACGCUGGACUCUAUAUCCAACACCCCCAGGCCGUACAAGAGCCAACUUAAUGUCACCUUGAAGCUGCCCAAACCCAGGGUUCCCUCGAGUCCCGACACCCCCGAGAUACCCCGACUACCAACCAUCAACUACAGGCUCUUCAACAACCCCUUUCUUCAAAGCUUCGAACAGGAAUGUAAAAACUACAAGAAUUACGCUCCCGUCGAGUCCCCCAUAACGCGGCCUCUGUCGGUCCAGGUUAGCGAGGCGGUGCCGCCGUGCAAUCCGGUGAACGGAUACUCGAGAGGACAGAACCAGCUCGAGAGUGACUCGCGGAUGCUGUUGAUGGCCGCGAAUCAGUUCCGGAAUCUGGAAUCGGAUGCCAAUACUGGUGUCCAGUCCACACCACGACUUCCACCGCUUGGGUUCGAGGUGACAUCUUUCGAGGGACCGAAUCCUCAGAGUCAGCGUCUUUAUCACGGGCCGAUUGUCUUCCCGGGUGGGAUUUCGGGGGCACCAAUGGUACCCAGGAUGGUCUACGACGGUGCGAACCGGGUUCCGGCCCAGACGCAGACAUCGAUAGACGGCGAUUCUCACGUCGACGAAACGCAGGAUAAUCAGACCCCCGGUUCGCCGGUUACGUUGAGGAGGAAACGGACCCUCAGGAAGGAGCGAUCGGGGUCGAUAAAGGAUAAGCGACCGCUAUCGCCGGCCGCUCAACGCCGCAAGGAUCGCCUAAGGAAGCAGAGCAGUGUUACGUCCAGCACAGAUCCGCCACCCGAAUCUCCCGCCAAGACUUCGCUCAAGUCGCGAAAGCUCAGCGUUACCACGACCUCGGAGCCCGUUGACAAGAACGAGAGUCGAUCCUCUUCAUCCGGUCAGGAUUCGCCCAAGAAGGCCGAACAACGACGCAGGGUCUCCUUGUAUUUCAACGCCAAAAAGAGGCCCUCCAUCGUUACCACCAGGACCGACCGAAGAUCCAGCGUUGAGAGUUCCAGGGAGGGCAGGUUCUCCCUUAGACGCGAAGCGCUCGACGCUACCACGACCAACUCUGAACGGGAGAGAACGAACUCCGUUAGUAGCAGGGACACCGUGUCCAAGGGCAGGAAACUCAGUACCGGAAGUGACAAGGUUCCUUGGUGCGCUUGCUGGGGAAACGGAUGUGUUUGAUACUGAUCAGUUUAAGCUCGUAACUAUAAACUUGUGCCGCUGACUUGUCAAGUUGGUUGAGUUCACGCGCGAAUUCAGUUAGGAUCGUGGACUUGCAGACGUCAGGUUGAAUUAUUCUACACUCGGAAAUCGAACACUCACAGUUUGCGUGGAUUUCCGUUAUCGUCUAAGAACUGUACCACGAAUAGAGAUCAAGUGUUUAUUGUAUUCGAGUAUCGAAAGAUGGACUCUUCAAAAACCGCAAAGUGUCGAUACCGAUUGAAGUAGACCUAUUCGUAAUUACACAGUCCGUCGGGAGAUAAUCCUAAAAAUUCAUCCAAUGUCCCGAAAGGAAAAAAAACACCAGAGAAAUGAACAAUUUACUACUAGACUAGGUUAUACAU